AUGUCGACGAUUGCGGUUAGUCUAAACAGAAUUGAUCGUUGUCAACGUCUUACAGAUAUCCCAUCCCAGAGAUCAGCAACUCGCCAGUCUUCUGUGGACGAAGUGCUAUCACCCUUCCAGGCAAACGAGCAGAAUGUUCUUCAAAGUGCCCUCGGUGCAGCUGAGACACUGCCGACUCGUCCAACCCGACCCGAUGACAUAGCCCACGUUGACGGACUACUCGAUGCCGGUCAGAUGCCCACUCGCCCCACAAUCUCUCACCACUUCCCUUCUGGAGCGUCCAACACCUCCCAGCAACAGCCUUUACCUUUGAUCCCCUCAGAUGAAGAUUGGAACCUGGAAGGACUAUGCCUUACGAAUGUCGAGGUGCAGAAUCUAUUCACCGAACCAUCAGCAUGCUACUUCAAGGAUUCUCCGCUUCUAUUCUGGGUCAUCAUAGCCAUCGCUUCUCGACGUUACAGUCGAGACUUGACUUUGCUCACAGCUUUGUCAUCAUCUGUACCACGACUGAUGUGGUCAACGAUACAGUCGGUCUCUCAGAACUAUCAUGACGUGAAAGCUCUCUGCCUGUUAUGCACGUGGCCAUUUCCACUGAGUAGUUCGUCACGAGAUGCCACGUUCAUGCUUGGCGGGACAAUGUUGCAUCUUGCGAUGCAGAUUGGGCUCCAUGUUCCUGGUCAAGCCCAGGACUUCUCCCAGUUUAGAUUAAGUCCUUCGCCAGAGGAGGUACAGGAUCGAACAAUCACGUGGACUGCUGUCACAGUAGUUUCUCAGACUUUGUCAACGAGUUACGGACAACCUUCAAUCACACCGUCUGCGAUUCAAGCCCACCCUUGUCAUCUAAAGGAAGAUGGACCUCUAAACGGCCUAACCAACCGCCUAUGUAUCGAGCAUCUCUGUCAUCGUGUUACCAACAGUCUUCAGUAUAUGUCGCAAGUCGAAGCCGUGCAACGUGCAACUCCUCAGGGAGAAGCAUUUGACUCGUUGAAGCAAGACAUGACACGUUUGGAGUCGACAUUGAGCAAUUCAACACAACUGGGAACCAUAGACAUCAACCAGGUUUAUUUUUUGUGUGCCAAGCUGCAUUUACAUCUCUUCAGCUUGUUUGAUUCUCCUGCAAGGUCAGACUACGUCUACAACUUGAAGGGGCUAUACGGAGUUUGUGCGAGACUUAUUACUCUCGUUUCAAACUCUGAAGCGGUGACGAAGUACUGUCCCAAAUAUAUAUUUUGGAUGAUCAUUGCUGCAGCCUUUACCAUUCGCAAGCUCCUCUCGAGUGAUUUUACAGAUUAUCUAGACCUUGCAGCAACCAAGCAGGUUUUCAAUACAGCAGUCCACACGAUCCGCGAGAUCAGCGUUUCAAACAACGAUCUUGCUGGUCGUUUGGCUGAAGUUCUGGUUCAACUAAGAGCUAGAGCGUAUAGCCAGACAUUGAAAUCAUGGACCUCAGACUCAACCAGCAAGGGAAGACGAGGUCUUGAUCUUAAAGUCCGAAGCCGGCUGAGUGUGAGCAUAACUUAUGACUCGUUGUGGGAAUGGAGAAAUGGCUUCUUAAUAUCUGAUACCAAAGAUUCUGAACCGAAUACCCCUCAAUUCAGAUCGCCCUCCAAUGGAAGAGACGCAGCUGCUCACUUUCGUGGUAACACUAUAUCAGCUGUCGCAACUCCUCAAAACUUUGAACUCAACGACUUGAUAUUUGAUGACUUAUACCCCAUGAAUUAUACCAUAGAAGGCGCAGGGGUGACUGACUUGGGGGUCAAUGGAUACCAGUAA